AUGCUAUUGAAGGGCUUCGCUGCGGUACUGUCCAUUGCGACAGCUGCCGUUGCUGUCACACAUGGCCACGGACAUUUCCACCAUAGGCGCACGGUGAAUGCAACCAGCUAUGAGUAUGUGAUUGUUGGAUCUGGGCCUGGUGGAGGGCCACUCGCAGCACGACUUGCCCUGGCUGGCCACACGGUGCUGCUGAUCGAGGCUGGCGGUGAUAAUGGCGAGUCACUCAACCAGACGGUGCCGACAUGGAGCCUCAAGGCCGGCGAAGACGAUGCGAUCAAGUGGGAUUACUGGGUGUCACACUAUGAAGACCUGGAGCGUCAGAAACGGGACUCCAAGAUGACAUACAGAAAGACAGAUGGCAGUUACUAUGUUGGCCUGUAUCCUCCAGCAGGGGCCGUGCCACUUGGUAUCCUCUACCCUCGUACUGGUACCUUGGGAGGAUGCGCUGAACAUAACGCCAUGAUCACGACGUACCCGAACACCAUCGACUGGGAGGGAAUUCAGAACAUCACCGGAGACGACACCUGGGCGCCCGAUAACAUGCGAACGUACUUCGAGAAGCUCGAGAGGAUACAAUAUGCUGCUGGAGCUGGACAUGGGACCGACGGCUGGCUGAGGACUAGCUUGACCAACUUGGUUCUGGUUCUCGAAGACACGAAACUUCUCAGUUGCGUAGUCUCAGCUGCUACGGCAAUGGGCAAGGUAAGCUUCCAAGCGCCGAUCUCUCAAUUCGGCCCUAUGCUAAUGGAUCACAGGGCCUUCUCACAAGCCUUAUUACCACGGUCACCAGUCUCGGUCAUGUCCUUCUUGACGAUCUGAACUCUAAUAGCCCACUGCGGGAUCAAACUGCCGAUGUGUAUCAGGUCCCUCUCGCCAUUGACCAGGACACGUCUACUCGCAGCAGCCCUAGAAAGUUUGUGUUGGAAGUUGCCAACGCGACGAACUCGGACGGCAGCCGAAAGUACCACCUUGAUAUUGCGCUACACACCCUAGCUACCAAGAUUCGGUUUGACCAGAAUGGUACUACACCCAGGGCAACUGGCAUCGAGUACCGAAGUGGAGAGCAUCUCUACUCUGCAGACCCCAACUUCGCCAAUGCCACCGGCACUUAUGGCUAUGUGGCUGCAACGAAAGAUGUCAUCAUCUCCGCCGGCACAUUCAACACGCCCCAGCUGCUGAAGCUGAGCGGCGUCGGACCACGUGAGGAGCUCGAGAGCUUCGGCAUUCCUGUGGUCAAGGAGCUGCCGGGUGUCGGUACCAAUAUGCAAGAUCGCUACGAAAUCAGCAUCGUGGAGGAAGCCAGUUCCAAGUUCUCCGUCUCGAAAGACUGCACAUUCCUCUACGACGGCAGGCCGGACCCGUGCCUCGUGCAAUGGCAGACAGGUCUGAACGUGGACGAGAGAGGCCCGUACACCACCAGUGGAGCAGCACUGGGUGUUGUCCUGAAGUCCUCCACGGCGGCCGAGACGGAUCCCGUGGACACCUUCAUCCUCGGAACGCCUGGUGUCUUCAAUGGCUUCUUCCCGAAUUACGCAUACAACAGCGCCAUCUGGGGCAACCGAUGGUCUUGGCUCGCAUUGAAGGCACACUCGCACAACAACGCGGGCACCGUCACGCUGCGAUCUCGCAAUCCGCAUGACGUGCCCCACAUUCUCUUCCGCUCCUUUGACACGGGCAACACCACGGACGGCGGCGACGAGAAGGACGUCCAGGCAUUGUAUGAGGGUCUUCUCUGGGGCCGUUCGGCCUUCGACAAGCUCAUCUCCCUCGACGGCACCACGUGGACGGAAUUGUCGCCGGGAGGCAACAUCACCACCGAAGCCCAACUCAAGCAAUACAUCAAAGACGAGGCGUGGGGCCAUCACGCUUGCUGCACUGCCGCCAUUGGCGCGGACGACGACCCGUCGGCUGUGCUGGACACCAACUUCCGCGUGCGAGGAAUCGACGGCCUGAGAGUCGUCGAUGCGUCCAUCUUCCCCAAGAUUCCCGGCGCGUUCAUCGCCUUGUCCAUCUACAUCAUCAGUGAGAAGGCAGCGGAUGUCAUCAUCAAUGGAUCGUGA